AUGGCGAAUCGAUCGAGGACGUCUGCGCAUCGCAAGCCACAGAUACAUCAGCUUAGUAUACAACAACAAAGAAGAGCUCGGCAUCUUGUGGCUCUUGUUCCGAAGCCGGGGGCAAAAUCGGAUUUGGAUGACAGUGAAUCAUCUGCUGAGGAUGAAUUGCAGUACUGUCCCCGCCCAACGCACUCCGACAGCAGUUCACCGCCUCCAUCGUUGCCAUCUUCGAUAGAAAAUCUAAAUCUUUUAUCAGAUGACGACAAUGAGAUAAAUCAAGUGGUUGCUUCAACAUCUUUGGUGCUACACUCACAGUCAUCGCUGUCAACCAACCCAUGUUCACCAUCAAUUUUAUCGUCCAACCCAUCCGCAAUAAGGCAGCUUCAGUGUGCUGAGGCAAGUCCUUUGUCUCCGGUACCACCUUUAUUAGAUCAGGUAUGUUUACCAUCUCCAUUGGCAACCUCCACGCAAAAACAUUCACCAUUGGCAACCUCUUCCCAAGUACCUUCACCACUGGCAACCUCCUCGCAACUACCUUUACCACGAGCCAGUAACUUGACGUGUCAUAACCAGGUACCGUCUCCAUUGUUUGCACCUUCUCCCUCAGCGACUACUCGAUCAAAAAGACCUAGAGUGGUCACGAUAAAACGAAAAGUAAUACCUGCUAAAAGAUUACAACCUAAUUGGCGUUGCUGUAAGUUUACCGGUUCUGCAGAAGUGAAAGAUAUCUCGUUUGAGCCACGUGAAGAGAAGUGUGCCAUUGAAUAUUUCAAGCUGUUCUUUUCAGAUGACAUCAUCUCUCUCAUAGUGCAACAAACAAAUAUCUAUAGCACACAGACAAAUGGCAGCUCAAUAAAUAUCACAGAAGAUGAUAUCAAAGAUUUUCUGGCGAUCCUUUUAUUUACGGGGGUCGUUAAAAUGCACGCUUAUACAGAUUAUUGGUCCAAAAUUCUACGAUACGACAAAGUAGCAGAUAUAAUGACUCUGAAGAAGUUCCAGUUACUGAGGCGAUAUAUACAUUUCAAUGAUAAUUUUAUUGACGACGACGAUAGAUAUCACAAAGUUAGACCACUUCUUCAAAAAAUCCGUGAAAAUUGUCUAAAAGUAGAAGAAGAGUCGCGUUUCAGUAUUGAUGAAAUGAUGGUUCCACAUAAAGGAACUAGAGCAGGCAGCCGUAAGCAGUAUGUAAAAAAUAAACCGAAAAAAUGGGGAUUCAAAAUAUUUGUUCGCGCUGGUGUCUCUGGAAUAGUUUACGACUUCCUGAUCUACGGAGGAGACGACACAUUUAGAUUUAACUCAUUCACAGAUGAAGAAAAUGGUAUGGGCCUGGGAUCAAAAGUAGUUCUUGCGCUAGCGAAAUCCAUUCACCAGCCUGCAUGCAAAGUCUUAUGCUUUGAUAACUUCUUCACUUCUAUUGAGCUCCUGCAAUAUUUACGUAACGAAUACGGGAUUUUCGCACUGGGAACAAUCCGAUCAAAUAGGCUUCGAGGAGCGGAAAAAAAAUUACCCACGGAUAAAAAUCUAAAAAAAAGCGGCAGAGGAUCUCAUGCACAAGUCGUAUGCAACAAAAACAAGAUCGUUGUCGUCAAAUGGUACGAUAACAAAUGUGUCACAGCUGCAAGCACAUUUGUAGACGCGCAUCCUAUCCAGAAUGUGGUUCGUUACAAGAAAGCACAAGGAAGAAAAAUGCCAGUGACAUGCCCAAAUUUGAUAAAAGAAUACAACACCGACAUGGGCGGAGUUGACCUGGCAGAUAUGCUGAUUGCUCUGUAUCGUACACCAUUCCGAGGUCAUCGCUGGUAUUUACCGAUCUUCUCGCAAAUGCUUGAUAUUUGUGUGAACAAUGCCUGGCUUCUCUAUCGACGUCAUAGAGAAGACAGGCAUGAAGCCAAAAAACCCAAGUCGCUAAAAACAUUUCGAAUAGAAAUUUUCGAAAGCUUACGCAGAUUUGAGAGAACUAAUACAAGCAAUAUCAGCAGGACUAGCGUCAGCUCAACCAAGACCAUACAGAGACCUGUAGCUGAAAGACCCCCAGAUGCUGUUCGGUAUGAUCAAGUUGCACAUUAUCCAAAUGUAACACCUAUCAGAGGGAGGUGCAUGUAUUGCAAGAAAGGGCAAACCAAAUUGUUUUGCGAAAAAUGCAAAAUGAGACUGUGCUUAUUGCCGGAACGUAAUUGUUUCGUAGAAUAUCAUACUAAGAAA